AGAAGAUGACGGUAUGACGGGUUCUCCUUAAUGAAUAACACGCCGGAAGUCGCCAUUUUGUUGUUGGACAGGACCAGUGAAGAAGGAUCGAGAAGCGUUGGAACAGGGAUGUUCUGGAUAUAAACACACAGGAGAAGAAGCAAAGUUGUUUCCAAGGUUUGUCAUGGAAACACUUGGAUAAACAGCUGAGCUAAGAUGGGGAAUUUUGCUAGCCUGUUUAAAGGGUUGUUUGGCAAGAAAGAAAUGAGGAUCCUGAUGGUAGGACUGGAUGCUGCUGGAAAAACCACCAUCCUGUACAAGCUCAAACUGGGAGAAAUUGUAACCACAAUCCCUACCAUUGGUUUUAAUGUUGAGACAGUAGAAUACAAGAACAUCAGUUUUACAGUGUGGGAUGUCGGUGGUCAGGACAAGAUCAGGCCACUCUGGAGGCAUUAUUUCCAGAACACACAAGGCCUUAUCUUUGUAGUGGACAGUAAUGACAGGGAGCGAGUUGGUGAAGCGAAGGAGGAGCUGAUGCGAAUGCUGGCUGAGGAUGAGCUGAGGGAUGCAGUGCUGCUUGUGUUUGCCAACAAACAGGACCUGCCCAAUGCCAUGAAUGCAGCCGAGAUCACAGACAAGCUGACCCUGCACUCCCUGCGCCACCGUAACUGGUAUAUCCAGGCCACAUGCGCCACAAGUGGAGAUGGUCUCUAUGAGGGUCUGGACUGGCUUUCAAGUCAGCUCAAAAAUGCAAAAUGAUCGAUCAUGUCCCCUCCUGUCCCCACUCUGUUUGCAGUGCGAUGGGAGACUGCACUGGUCUCCUGGUCUCACUUACUCCUCUUCUUUCCUGUCUUUCCUCUGAAGCGUUGGACCUUUGGCCAGUGCUCCCCUGCAUCUGUGUACUGUAUGGGUGGGUUUGGAUAAGUAUUUUUUUGGAUGGAUGGAUGGAUGGAUGGAUGAAUGAAUGUGUGUAUGUAUGUGUCAACCAAGUGGGAGCAGCCCUGCUGUGCCUUGAACACGGUUAACUCUCAAACACCUCCUCUCCCCAGUGUCAGCACAUCCAUUAAAGGCACUGGUUUCCACAAAGCAAAGAGCAACACAGGACAUUAAGCUCUGUGUGUCAUCUGUCAAGAAUGCUUGUUUAAAAAACAAACAAAACCCAAGAUGAUGCUAAUUCAUUUUUUUCCCCAUCUACCAGCAACAUUGUGUUUUUGUUUAUUCACCCUGCAGAGAGAGACAGUGUAACCUGUUUCCUGUUUGAUCGAAUAAAAUGCCUGACAUCUUUUUUUGAAAAUUGCGUUUUGGUGGAUUUGAGUUUUUGAUGGUUGCAUCGAAGACUGGAUGCCUGUUUUCCUCUGUUUUAUUUUUAAGCGUUUUUUUUUUUUUUUUGGAAUUGUUAUGUGUGUAUACAGCAGGUCCUCUUAAUGGUUGGAGCGUGUUCAGCAUCUGUUGCAGGUGUUUCCACCUAUGUGGAGUCAUUUCUUCAGUUCACUCCCACCUUUCCAAGUUAUCACCCUUAGGGUACAACCAACCAAUAUUUCUUUUAAUUAGUCCUCAUGUCCUUCACACAGAGGAUUAAGUAGUCCAUUAUGGCUGAGCCUAGAAAGGGAAAUGCUCAUCUUCAGUUUCUAUUAUUAUUUUUCCUAUGUGGAGGUGUGUUGAGUGUAGCUACUGGUGAAUGUGUGUAUCCUGGGAGAACUAUGGGUUUCAGCUACAUCCGUUGGAACGUCAAGGCCUUUUAUAGAGUUGCUCCCACUUUGACCUCUUUACUGUAGUCUUUAUUUUCUCUUGUAUGUAGUUCUUGGGGUUAGGAUCGGUUUUCUAUUUUAUUAUAUCUUUUGUUAUGUUACUGUUUGUAGAUGCAUGACCUGGUUUACUUCAGCAUGAACUACCUUGCCAGGUGUGCAGUCUUUUGAGUAAAAAGCUUUUGGGACCAUUUAGUUUGAUUCAGAAAGGGUUCGCUGCUUUUGGUUCAGUUUUGGAUUCACCUGCCGAGCAUGAACUCGCCGGCUCCCGUGUUUUCCAGAGGACACACAUGCUCUUGACCAAAUUGUUAGCACUGCUAUAGAUGGUACAGUUGAAUUAGAAGUGUUUUCUCCAGCCUGCUGUAUGAAUUAACACUGUAAUUAAUUCCUCAAUGCUUUAGGCUUUAUGGUAUUUUCCCUUGCAUGUAUCCAGGGUGUUUCCAAUGCUUUUAUUUACAUCAUAUUCCUCUAAUGUCAUUUGCACAACCUCACCAGCUUGCACCACAAAGGCCUAUGUGAAGACAAGUAAUUUGUUAGUUAGCAAUAAACCUCCCCAUUGCACUACACCAGCAAACAGUUUCAGUGUGCAAGAAAGAAUGUUACAUCAGUCAGUGACAGAAUAGUUUCACCACUCACCCAAUGGUCCCUCCUGAAAUUUGAUAAGAAAAUCUUACCAACAGUGCACACCCCUUACUAACUUAAUUUCCUACAACUGGACAUUCGUUUGAGUAACUGCAUAACUAAUAUUUUGGGCUUUCUUUGUCCUUAUGGUAUAUUUUCAAAACAUUGGUAGAGUUCAUAGUAUAUGUUACAUAAUUUGGUAUACAACAAGAAAUACAAAUGUGUAUAAUAAUCAAGAUAAUGUAUUCUAACUUGACAUCCACCUACCCUUGUUUAGAUGUGAAGCUUUAAUUUUCAAGAUUCUUUCUGUACAAAUGACAAGGUAUGUGCAUAUGUAUUAAGUACCUCCUUAUGCUUUUUAAAAAAACUCACCUAGUAACAUCUGAUAAAUGCACUGUAAUAAAGAGAUCUCUACUGUA